AUGUGCUAUGACCGCUACGUGUCCAUCUGCAAACCCCUGCACUACGGGACCCUCCUGGGCAGCAGAACUUUUGCCCACAUGGCAGCAGCUGCCUGGGCCAGUGCCUUUCUCAAUGCUCUCAUGAAUACGGCCAACACAUUUUCCCUGCCCCUGUGCCAUGGCAAUGCCCUGGGUCAGUUCUUCUGUGAAAUCCCACACAUCCUCAAGCUCUCCUGCUCCAAAUCCUACCUCAGGGAAAUGGGGCUUCUUGCUGUUAGUGGCUGUUUGGUAUUUGGCUGUUUUGUGUUCAUUGUUUUCUCCUAUGUGCAGAUCUUCAGGGCUGUGCUGAGGAUCCCCUCUGAGCAGGGACGGCACAAAGCCUUUUCCACCUGCCUCCCUCACCUGGCUGUUAUUUCCAUGUUUGUCAGCACUGUAGCAUUUGCCUACCUGAAGCCCCCCUCCAUGUCCUCCCCAUCCCUGGAUCUGGCCCUGUCAGUUCUGUACUCAGUGGUGCCUCCAGCCCUGAACCCCCUCAUCUACAGCCUGAGGAACCAGGAGCUGAAGGCUGCAGUGAGGAGACUGAUGACACGAUGCUUUCAGGAACAUUAA